AAAAGAGGACCACGUCUCUUCUCUCUCUAUAACUUUCCUUUCUUUGCCUCUCUGCUACACUCUUCGACUUCUCCACUCUUCUGUCUUUGACCUCUGCUUAUUAGCCAUUUUCAUGGAACGUCCAUUUCAUCUUCACCCUACUCUUCUCUCUCUCUUUCCUUAUACCACCUAAUCUCAUCAUUCCUUCAAUACCCUUUUCCCCUCUCCAUGAAUUCCGACGAGCCACUCACUCCUGCCGGCCGUCUCUUCCUCCGUCCUGAAAUCAACCAGAUUAUCCACUGUCUCGUUGGACUAAAGAACUCAAUCGAUGUCGAUUCUGUCAAAUCUCAAAUCGCUGAUUCCAUCAUGAUUCAGCACCCUAGGUUUUCGAGUCUUCUCGUUCGUGACCGCAACGGCGUUGAGUAUUGGCGGAGGACUUCAAUCGAAGUCGACCGUCACGUCAUCGUCGUUUCCGAUCCUGUAUCGGAUGACGUUGGAGGAGUAAACGAUGAGAAGGCUGCGAAUGAAUAUUUGGCUGAUUUAGCGAUUUCUUCCUCCAUGGAUUACAGCAAACCUCUUUGGGAGAUUCAUUUGCUUUUGGCGCAUAACUGUGCCGUCUUCCGAAUUCAUCACGCGCUCGGUGAUGGAAUCUCGCUGAUGUCGUUGUUCUUGACGUGUUGCCGGCGGGCUGAUGAUCCGGAUGCGUUGCCGACGAUCGUUUCGGAUUUGAAGGCGGUGAGGACUGGAAACAGAGGGCGGAGGAGUUGUGGGGAGAUGAUGUUGGAGUUUCUUUUAACGGUGUGGUUUAGUUUGUUGUUUGUGUUGGAGUUUAUCGUGAGAGCUUUGUGGGUUUGUGACCGGAAAACGCCGAUAUCCGGUGGGGAUGGGGUGGAGCUUUGGCCGAGGAAAGUGGCGACGGCUAAGUUCGCGUUGGAGGAUAUGAAAGCGGUGAAGAAAGGAGUUCCUAACGCGACCAUAAAUGACGUUCUAUUCAGCGUAAUAGGAGCAGGGUUAUCGAGGUACUUGGAGCAUAGGCAACCCAAAGGUUUGAAAGAAGGACUUCAAUUAACUGGAGUAGCUAUGGUUAAUCUUAGAGAGCAACCGGGAUUGCAGGAUUUAUCUGAUAUGAUGAAAGGAAAUAAGGGAUCACGAUGGGGUAACAAGUUAGGAAUUCUUCUCCUUCCUGUAAACUAUUACACGAAAGCACUCGAUCCUCUUCAAUAUGUCAAGAGAACGAAAAAGAUGCUUGAUCGGAAAAAACGGACCUUCGAAGCUCAUUUUUCGUACGGAAUUGGCAAGUUGGUAAUGUCCUUUUUGGGACCAAAGGUAGCUUGCAUCCUUAAUUACAGGAUUGUUUGCAAUACAAGUUUCACUAUCUCCAAUGUGAUUGGCCCAAGAGAAGAGAUUACCAUUGGAGGCAAUCCCGUUACGUACAUCAGAGUCACUUCAACAAGCUUAUCCCAUGCAUUAACAAUGCAUAUGAUGAGCUAUGCUGGAAGAGCUGAAAUGCAAAUUUUGGUGGCAAAAGACAUCAUCCCUGAUCCUGAAUUCCUUGCUGAAUGCUUUGAAAAUGCGUUACUUGAAAUGAAAACAGCAGGAGCAACAUUAACCACAAAAUAGCAUAUACAAUAACUUCCCAAAUUUAAUUUUCUACUUGUUUAUACAUUGUUUAAUCAAGAAAAAGCCAAUCGAUUAGACUUGAUGAGGUAACGGUGUUUGAAACUACUGUUGAAAUAGUUAAAAUUAUAUUUUUUUCCAUAUAAUUCUAAACUUUGAAAUACGAUUUUAAUAAAUCAAAAUUGAGAAUUA